AUGGCAAGCUGCCGCUUUCUCAUCCUGCAGAUCAACGAAUACUUUGACGGGUGCGAGUUCCUUCACAUGCCACGGGCCGACAACGAGCAAGCUGAUGCCCUGGCACGGAUUGGCUCCACCCGCGAAGCGAUACCAGCCGGCGUCUCCCUCCAGUGCCUCUGCAAGCCGCCUAUCAAGACUUCGCCAGAAUCAGAGUCCAUCUUUGAACCAGCUACUCCCAAAAUAGUUGGAUCCAACUCCGGGGCUGCAGCAGCCACAGUCGGCCUGGGGACUUCGGCAGGCGGCACGGGGGUUGCAGCAGUCGCACCCAGCCCGGGGACUUUAGAAACCGGCCCGGGAGUUGCAGCAGCCGGCCCGGGGACUUCAAUGAUGCAGCACGCGGCGGUCGAUUCUAACCCGCCUCCUCCCAACGCAACCACCCUGGUACCAGUGGCCGUGAUGAUAGUGGUCAAAGCACCAUCAUGGGCGCAGCCCAUCCUCAACUUCCUGGUGAGUGAAGAGCUACCAGCCAACACGAUCUUGGCCCGGCAAGUGCAACGCCGAACAGCAGCAUACACGAUAGUAAACAGAGAUCUUGUCAGGCGCAGCGUGACUGGCAUCUUCCAGCGCUGUGUCGAGCCAGAGAAAGGCAAGGCAAUCCUCGGCGACAUCCACCAAGGCGAGUGUGGCCACCACGCAGCCUCUAGAUCCCUUGUCGCCAAAGCUUUCCACCAUGGAUUCUUCUGGCCAACUACUUUGGACGCCACCAAGGAAUUGGUCAAGAAGUGCAAAGGGUGCCAAAAAUUCGGCUCCAAGCAACACCUGUCGGCUUCUGCACUCAAGACCAUCCCCCGCACUUGGUCAUUUGCCAUCUGGGGACUGGACAUGGUGGGCCCAUUCAAGACAGCAUGCGGCGGCAUGAGCCAUAUGCUGAAGCAAAGGAAUCAACGAGAAGACGACGUCGACCUGUUGGAAGAGGGCCAGCUGCUAGCACUUAGACGGUCCGCCAUCUACCAGCAAGGCCUGCACCGCUACCACAGCCGGAAGAAGCCCAUGGCGCACAAGAGGGACGACUCCGGCAAGGAAACAUAG